AUGCGGAUUGUGUGGUGGGUGUGCAAUCGUUCGCGCAAACGGCAUGCCACACCCAGUGCGGUGUGCACUCUUGGUGCAAGUAGGUACAGUUUUCUACGAAGGCUUCUACUGGGAAGCAUCCAUAGCAGCAAUAAAGCAGACACAACUCUCGGCCUACCACCACAACCAAAGGCAACACACGCAAGCACAGCACCAGCGAAACAAAGCAGACGGAGACAGUCGGACCUCGACACAAAAAACUCUGAAGCACACCCAGACCAGCUCAUGGGCAACACACUCACAAAAGCAAAAGGAUUAGAUCACAUGAAAGCAAAAGGAUUAGAUCACAUGAAAGCAGAAGGAUUAGAUAACAUAGUUUAUUAUCAAUUGUGUUACACUUGCAGAUCAGACCCCACCCACCCCACACAGCUACCACACCGGAGAGACGCCCUCUCCACAGCCAUCGCAGGUUGCGGUGUGGCGCUGUGACAGCGUCUCUUGUCGCUGUGCUGUUGCUUUAUUUGUGUGAUAGUUAGAAUUUUCAGGUAGCUCUAGCCACAAAUUGUGUGGAUCCCAUAUAUGCAUGUUUGCGCAUGGCCUUGUGUGUACUUGCUUGGCCACGCGCCUGACCAUCUCCCAACGCAUGCAACUAGAGUGGCUGUAGAUAAGAGAAUACAAUCCAUCGAUGUUGUGGUUGUUUCAGCUCGGACGGGAUGUUUUAGAUGCGCAUCGGAUCUACAACAGCUGCUUUUGGGGUCCAAAUAUCAUACGCUCUGCCUGC